GAGAUAGAACCUGAUCAGAGAGGUUACGGAAGUGAAACAAACAUAACAAGUAGUGCGCAGCAAGAUUGCAACUUCCGGAAUAGUUCGAUGCAGGUGUGGCUCUGCUUGCCAUCGCUCAGCGCGGAACAGCUGAUUGUAGAACAAGCCCACAAAAAGGAUUGAAAAUGGCAUGCUGCAGAAGCGAAGUAGAUGCAGUAAGAGAAGGAUAAAAAAAACCUGACCCAAACGGUGAUCUCUGCAUCUCGUUGCUCAGGGGAAGUAAGUCGGGUAACUCCCUGGUCACUGCACUGAUCGCGGUUCAAGGUCAUUGCGACGAAACGUCACGCCACGCAAAGAAACAAGAGCAACGUCUGAAGCUUGUGACGCACCAACGGCAAGCGCGAGUGGAAGCACUGCCAGAAAGGAUCGGACGCCGGGAUUCUUCAACGCGGUUCCAAUUUCUGCUGCGACAAGUGAGCGUUAGCGAGAGCACCGCAACGGCACCUAAGGACGGACGGAGAUAGAGUGCACGAGUGUGAUAGAGAGAGGCAUCCAGUUGAUCAUCACAUCCCUAUAAAAGCUCACCGCCAGUACGGUCCAUGCGUGCAGAGUACCGUCUAUAGUUCGUGCGAUUAGAAGAACAACCGCGGGACCCGCGAGAUUCAAGCACAGUCAGUGGACCGCUUUAGAACGAUUCGCUUGUGACGAACGGCAAAACAAGCACGUGGAAGUUAAGGCUGUAACUACCGUUUCACCAUCAACGAGCGUGUGUCAUACUGCAAUCAAAGCAUUUCAAAUUAGUGCCCUUCGAGUUUUACUGCUUCUGUUUCUGCUGUGAUAAAACCGUCAGAUCAACCGCAAAAAAAAAUAUACAAACUUAUACAAAACCAACCCUGAUAUCUAACCGAGUGACUGUGGUAAAACUCCGAACAGUAACAGCAACUCCGUGUACAGGUGUGUGCGGUGUUUGUUACAGCUUACAGCAACGGUCGUGAACAAGGGUGUGAAGCCGCCACUAAACAACCGUAACAGCCAAACGUCUGCGUCCGCUGGUGUUGUUAAUCGGAGGUCGGAACUACGUUCAUACACACCCAGGCACAAUGUACACGGUCACCUCAGUCAGGAGGUUGGUAGUGAUGGCCGUACUAGCAGUGUUGGUAACCGUACUACAGUAUCCCACACCCUGCCAGACGUCACCGGUAAUGCUCGACAAGCUGUUCGGAUUUGCGGCCUAUCAGCCGACGUACUCCGGUGGUGGUUACGGUGGCAACCAGUACGGCUACUAUGGUGGAGGCGGCGGUGGUAGCAGCAGUACCGGCACCGGAUUCGGUGGACAUCACCGUGCGACGGCCACCUCCAGCCACAAGCGGCAGGCAAAAGGACGCGACUACAAGGACAUCUGCCGGGUGGUAAAUCCGGCACCGUACGCCCUGCCCGGGAGGGCACCGUACCCAGCUGCUCCCUUCUGCCCAUACUAGUGUGUAAGAAGAUUAGGAUUUUGUUAACAGCGCCACUAGCGCGAUAAGAGAAACAAAAACGCAAUCAAUGGCGGAACCGUGAUCUACGAUUAGAUGUUAGUUAAGUUUAUAAAGCCGGGAUGGACGAGUUUACACUUUGGAAAGCGCGGUAAACAAAGUUAGACGUACUUAGGGAACACAACCGCCACACGAAACCGCAAGAUGUCGUUAAAGGAUGAAAAAUUUUAACUGCUACACUUGUGCGAAAAAAGCAUGCGAGUCUUUUGCCUUCUUCUUGGAUCUUUUGCAAUAAAGAAAGGAACAUAUUA